AUGGCCAACCUCUUGUUACAGGAUCCAUUCUCUGUCUUGAAAGAGUAUCCGGAAAGGCUCACACAGACAUUUGAGACGCCAUUUCACACUUGCUGCGUCCAGUUUUCUUAUGCUGGUGAUUAUUUGGCCAUGGGGUGCUCUAAUGGAGCGGUAAUGAUCUAUGACAUGGACACAACAAAACCGAUCGCUAUGCUAGGAGGCACAAGUGGAGCACACGUCAGAUCUAUCCAGUCAAUCGCAUGGUCAAGAAGUGGGCGCUAUGUGCUGACGAGCUCUCGAGAUUGGUUCGUCAAGUUGUGGGAUAUGAAGACGCCGGGCGAGCCUUUUCGUCAAGUGAAGUUCGGCUCUUCGCCCUGGACAUGCCAAUGGACUUUCCUAAGUGAAUGGAAGUGUGUCGUGACCGUGUACGAGGAAACGCAUGCUUUUGUCGUGGACUUCGCUGAAGAUGUUCCGCAUGCACGAGAACUUCUUGCUUCUACUGAGCUACAAGAACCUGAAGAGGAAGGAGAUCAGAAAGAGCGAGACUAUGGUUACACUCUGGUCGUUUGCAGCCAUCCAAAGCACACAAGCGUAAUUAUUACUGGCACAUCAAAAGGAUGGUUGAAAGCCUACUUAGUUGACGGCGAAAAAACCGAGUUAGUAUGUUCGUACCGGUUUGCACCAACGAAUGCAAAACACAUAAUUAUGUCACAGUCUGGAGACAGAAUGGCAAUAAACUCGUCUGAUCGAACAAUCCGCCAAUACUUGGUAACGGUCAGCGACGAUCUUAAAGAAAUAAAUUUCACGUUGGAGCAUAAAUACCAGGAUGUGAUUAACAAGCUCCAAUGGAAUAGCAUAUUCUUUAGCAGCAAUUCCGCCGAGUACUUGGUGGCCUCAACCCAUGGGUCUUCUGCCCAUGACCUCUAUCUGUGGGAGACGAGCACGGGUACUCUCGUCCGUGUACUAGAAGGCACAGAUGAAGAGUUGCUAGAUAUCGACUGGAACUUUUACAAUAUGUGCAUCGCUAGCAAUGGGCUAGAGACUGGCAAUGUAUAUAUUUGGUCGUUAGUGAUAUCUCCCAAAUGGAGUGCCUUAGCGCCUGAUUUUGAAGAGGUCGAGGAGAAUAUUGAGUAUAGAGAGAAAGAAGACGAAUUCGAUCAGGUUGGGCAAUUAGAACAGCAGCAAGAAAUGGACCAAGCUGAAGAAGUGAGGAUUGAUCUUCGCUGUCGCGAACGUUAUGACGUUAGAGGCAACGAGAUAGCCGUAGAUCGAUUUGUUGUACCACUUGACUACGAGAGUAUUUUAGUGCUCAAAAACUGGCAUAAAAAUGGCUGA